UGAACUUCUCUAGAUUGCCCCAGCGAGAGCCAGCCUGCCUGACCAGUUUGUAUUGGCAUUAAGUGCAAAGUGGUUGUGUAUCGAGACAACUUUUGUACUAGCUUUUUUCAUCAAUACCUAUUGCUUGGAUAAACAUAAUGGGCAAAUACACUAUGAUAAUCUUAGCGGCCAUGGCUGUCGCUUUUAUCUUCACUGAAACUGAUGCAGCGGGCAGCUGCCCCCUCCCGUCCAAGACGUUCAGCUGCAGUCCCAAAUGCAAGGAGCAGUACGACUGCAGCCACGGCCGCCUGUGCUGCCCCAACUCCUGCAACGCCAAGUCGUGUGUGGAGCCGGCCGGGAACAGCGGGGCUGGCGGGAAGGAUAAGUAUUCUUCCGGCGGUCCUGGCAGCUACUGUGACAACGUGAAAUGCAACUCCUUCGAGGUCUGCAAGCCGGACGCCUCAGGGAGGAAGAAGUGUCAAAGGGCAUAGUUCUUGCUUGAUUGACUGAACUUAUGUUAUAUGCCUAUAAGAUUUAGGUUGGUAUUUUAUGUUAUUUAUGAUCAAGUUU